UCCAGCUGCUCGUCUGGGUUUAAACCCAGAACCCAGGUCUGAAAGCAGAGUGUGUGUGGACUGUGACUGGCCACCUCCCAGCCCUGUAGCACGCGGGCGACAGACGUGAGGCUUGGGAACCUCCCUCUGGGUCCCACCCUCCUGGCCCUGACAGCUGCUUCCCUUCUUGCCCAAGCUGUGGUAGGUGCAAGAACAGAAAUCCUUUCAAACCUCCUCAGCUCAGGGUCGGAGGCUCACUGGGAGGAGGCCUGAAGAGACAAAACAGUUCCUCUAGCUCCCCCCAAUCGGCAAUUCACAUCCACGCGCGCAUGUGCGAUGCAUAGGUUUUGACUCGGCCAAAGCCACAUUGACUUGAACUGUUUUACUGUGACUGCUGGGGAGCCCCGAGUUAGAGCUCUUCACCACUUUUUUCCCUACUGUAAUCAGAGUGGAUGGAGGGCUUGAAGGAGGCCCUGGAGCAGGAGAGGCUGCCCCACUCCUCUCUCCUCCCCACUCCUGCUUUUGGAGGCUGCAGUGCUCGGAGCACCUGCUAAAUUCUCUCAUCUUUGGGGUCCAAUUGGCUAUGGGCUGCCACAUGGCUCCAGAGCAGGGCUGCUCCAGCCUGAGGGGCUGUCAGCACAGUGGGCCCCUUGGCUGAGGCAGUGGGUAUCAGUCUGGUGGGGUGUGUGGAAGGAUGAACAGCCUACACAAUCGCAGAACAAUCCUACGCCACUCUGAAUUCCUUGUGAAAUACUGUUUCAAUGACUUUGCUGGAAUUGCUUUUACUUCCAUGUUCAUGUUCUACAAACCAGCAGGAGCCUAGUCAGAGAAAAAAUGGCCCAAACACUUGGAGUUGAGAGGCCUGGGCUGACCAUAAGUCAUGCAGCUGCUGCAUUCAAGACGAGGCACAGUCACUGAAGAUGCCAAACUCAACCUCUCCCCUCUCUGCAAGCCCUGUCCAGCCCAGGGGUAGCCACCCAGGGUAGCCACCCAGGGAAAGCCACCCAAUCUGUCCUGCUCUCUCAAUAGUGCCAGUGCCCAUGCCCGGGUUGGGGGACUCUGUGAGUCCUCUGCCUCCUGUGCCCUCUUUUUGCAUGCUUAGUGAGUGGUUGAGUGGAGACUGGCUCGCCAGAUGUGUCUGCAGCUAGGAGCCUGUCUGGAGCAAGCUACCCCUGGUACUCACCCUGGCCCCAUUCCAACGAUCCCAUUUGGUUAGUCCUCAGGACUGAUCAAGACCAGAACUCCAGGGCCAAGUGGGGCCAGUGCCCAGCUGAGGCAUCUUCUUUUCCAGGCUCAGAUGUUUCCAAGAACUUUGGGUGAGUAGUCCAGCAGCCCAGGGGCUUCCUGGGACAGGUCUCAGGCUGACCUGCAUCCCUCAAUUGCGGGGCAGCCGGGUCAAGCAGGCGUAUGCCCACUAUAUUGCCGAAGAACCUGAGUUCAGAAAUAUGCCCGAGCACUUGUGGCCAGCUCCCCUCCUGGGGACGCUAGGAUUUGAAUCCAGGUCUGUGGAUCCGCUGCAUUCUCAGGCUUUGCGACUUCUUCCUCCUUUCCCUUUGGGACAAACUUGGCGACCACAGAAAUGUGGCAUCAAUUUCCUUGCAAAACUGAGGGCACCACGCGGCCAGCGGCACCAGAAAAGCCGUUCCUUGAAAAAGAGCCUCCAGCAGCGCGACGACCCUCCUGCUGAGUGUGCUGCCCCUGCCCCUGCCCGCGCCGGUCCUGCCCUGCUCCGCCCCCUCCACGCCCAUCUGCGGCUCUCGACGCCCCCCACUCCGCCUCCACUUCCCCCACUCUCCCAGCCCCUGCCUGCCCUGUUGCCCUCUCCCAGCUUCCCUGCCCCGCCCCGGCCUUCAGACCCCAGCCCCGCUCCCCCCUGGGCUCGCCUCGGCUCCCUCUCCAUGGCCCGACUGGCCGCGCUGCUGCUGGCCGCUGCCCUGGGCGCGCUGCUCAGCUUCGCGCUGCUGGCCGCCGCGGUCGCCAGCGACUACUGGUACAUCCUGGAGGUGGCGGACGCCGGUGACCGCGCCGGCCGCGCCGAGCGGCUGUCCUCGCACUCGGGGCUCUGGCGCACUUGCGAAGGGCAGAACAGCUGCAUACCCCUGAUCGACCCCUUCAGCAGCAAGGGCCUGGAUGUCUCCCCCUCAGUGCAGCACCUUCUCUCGCUGCACCGAGCUGUCAUGGUGGUCCUUCCGUUGAGCCUGAUCCUCAUUGUGUGCGGCUGGGUCUGCGGUCUGCUCAGCUCCCUGGCCCGGAGUGUCCCUCUUCUGCUACUCACCGGCUGCUACUUCUUGCUGGGGGGUGAGUCCAGGGUUUCUGGGAGAGCCAGCUGGGACUGCAGAUGCUGGGAGUGGGACUCUGCCUCCCUGCGCCCUGCCCAUCCUGUUCCCCUCUGGGCUACGUGGAGCCUGGGAACCCAGGCCACAGAAGUGCAGCAGAGUCUCUGGCUGGGACCUGUGUGCAGGGCCGACCAGAGUGGAGCUGGGCUGCUGGAGCCUUCUCACACUGACUCCAGGACCUGCUUCCCCGGGACAGGUGGUGCUGGGGCUGUGGGACGCCCCCGCUGCUGUCCUCACACCCAGCCUGUCCCGGUGGGAGGAGUAGGGGAGGGGGCGGGUUCUGACACAGGUGAGGCAAGGCCAGGCACCAGAUGGGGUGAGCAAGGGCAUCAGGGUCCUUGGCAUUCACCCCAACCUGGGCCCAGAUUAUACUUUAGUAGUGCUGCAGCUGACAGGUGCAGGGCACUGGGCCCAGCACUCCCCCAGGACCCCCAAUGCCACCUAAACAGCUAAGAGUCCCGAGGGUCUGAGAGGCCCCAGGAUUCUCUAAGAUGAGAAGGAAAAUGGUCCGCCCCCUUCACUGUUUUUGGUGUUGUCUGCCCCAGCCACCAAACUCCCCUCCUGCUAGGCUGGUUGUCACUGAAGGUGGCUUCUUGGGGUCAGCCCUCAGUGGCCCCUGUCAGAUGUGUGUUGGGUCUGGUGUCUUAGGCCAGCUCUACUGUCAUGGUGACAAAGACCAGACCAUAUGAGGCUGGGUCCCCUCCCGGGCAGGCCUGCUUCCCUCCCCCAGGGGAUGCUGGACUCUGGUGGACCUUUAUCAGGAGCAGGUGGUGGGCCUCGCUUGGAGCUGAGGUUGGGGAAUCAUCAGCCUCGGUUUUGGCCACAGGACGGCAAGGUCUCCUUGACUUGAGAAUAAAAUUGGGAAUAGUCAAAGUGUCAGCUGUGACCUUGACCAGGGUCAGAGUCUGCAAGGGUCCAAGAUCCAAUUUAGAGGACCUUGGGAACCCCAGAGAGGAGGAGUUGGCUUGGGACUGUACCCAGGAAGCCUUGUGCCGACAAGAAACCUCUGCGCUGUGCCUGGAACAGGGCGCGGGUGCAGGCCAAGCCCUGGAGGCAGCUCCAGCCUCCCAGGGCGGAGGGUGCGCCACUCCAAGGAGGGGGAGUCCAGAGGGGCAAGGCUGAGGCUGGAUGGCUCCACGGACAUCCCGUAGCCCCCCUUGCUCAGGGCACUCCAGACUUGCUGCAGGUCUCUUCUGGGAGCCACCCUGAGUCUUGGCGCCAGCUCCUAGCCUGCAGGGCAGAGGGUCAGCUAUGGACAGCAGUGCUGGGGCUCUGAGACAGGAAUGUGACACCAUGGGGACCUCCCUGAGGCCAGCUCACCCCCUGCUACCCCAUUAGUGCUGUAAGAAGGGGAGGGCAAGGUGGUAUCUGGGAGAGAGGGCCCUGCUGAGUGUCCAUCAGUGCUGACCAGGAGAGGGGUGGGGUGGUGAGCUGCCUGCUGGGCUCCGUUGACAGGACCUGUGGACCAGGGGUCCCCUAGGGAUACCCUGAGCAGCCACCCUGCCCCUUCUCUCUCCAGGUGCCCUGACCCUGGCGGGGGUCAGCAUCUAUAUCAGCUACUCGCACCUGGCCUUCGAGGAGACUGCCCGCCAGUACGGCCUGCAGCACAUGCAGGGCGUCCACAUCAGCUUCGGCUGGUCAGUGGCCCUGGCCUGG